AGUGGAUUAGUUCGCCUUGUGGUCAGUCAUAGUGACCCCUGACAAUGGGAGGCUUCAUUGGCGCCAUAAAGUGUCGAUCACUUUGUCACAGGACGUCGCGUGGUACAAUUGGCCCGCAAUAGUACCAUUCAUCCCGCCCCCUUCUGAGGUGACGGGAAAAGGUUGGGGAAUUUCCACUUCUGAUUAAAAUGACGGCAGAGGUGACGACCCUCAAGGAUUGGUAAGAUUUGGAGUAGAAUUCACCCUGAGUUUAGUGGGGCUUAUCUGUCAAGGAUGCAAGAGGUACGGAGGUUACGAAGCUCCCACCUGUCGCUCUCCGCCAGACGCCGAGACUGCGGCCGGAGAGUUGCUGCACGGGGAUUGGAGGAAAGAAGCAAUCAGUCUCAUCUAGUCUCCACCUUCCUGACAGCCCCUGGUUGGAGGAGCGGAGCGUCAGUCACUAGAGCGGUCGCCACCUCUGGGACAGGCCCUUCCCGUAAAACCUGGCUGACACACAAACUGAGGUGGGGUGAGGCUCCUAGGUGUGAUGAAAGCUUGGAGUUGCCCCAUGAAUGGUGCGGCUAAGACUGAUGUGGAGGCGAAGAAGCGAGUGUUACCCUUCAGAAGGUGACAUGGGUGCAGAUCCCCGGUGUGGAGCAGGGAUGGCUGGAGGGACCAGGCCUGGAACCGGGGAAGGAGCGAGGGGUGUCCAAGGGCAGAGCUCAGCUCAGCAGUCUCAAGGCUGCAGCACGACAAGCGUUUGGGGAAAGGUCCCAGCUAGGCUUGCACCCAGAGGCCGGCAGCAGACCGAAAGCGGCCGAAUCUCCUGCGCUCCGCCCGCCCCGGCUUCCGUGCCAGCGCCCGGUGGCCACCGCCUCCGAAGUGAUUGCUGCCUCGGCGCCUCCGCCGGGUCCAGGACCAUGAAGCUGCUGCCGUCGGUGGUGCUGAAGCUUUUUCUGGCUGCAGCGCUCUCGGCGUUGGUGACUGGCGAGAGCCUGGAGCGGCUUCGGAGAGGGCUGGCAGCUGGAACCGGCAACCUGGACUCUCCCACCGAAUCUACGGACCAGCUACUGGCCCCGGAAGGCGGCCGGGGCAGGGAAGUCCUGAACUUAGAAGAGACAGACCUGGACCUUUUAAGAGCUGCUUUCUCCUCCAAGCCACAGGCUCUGGCCACACCCGGCAAGGAGGAGCGUGGGAAAAAAAAGAAGAAAGGCAAGGGGUUAGGGAGGAAGAGAGACCCAUGUCUUCGGAAAUACAAGGACUUCUGCAUCCACGGAGAAUGCAAAUAUGUGAAGGAGCUCCGGGCUCCAUCCUGCAUCUGCGAGCCCGGUUACCACGGAGAGAGGUGCCAUGGGCUGAGCCUCCCAGUGGAAAAUCGCUUAUAUACUUAUGACCAUACAACCAUCCUGGCUGUGGUGGCCGUGGUGCUGUCGUCUGUCUGUCUGCUUGUCAUCGCGGGGCUUCUCAUGUUUCGGUACCAUAGGAGAGGAGGUUAUGAUGUGGAAAGUGAAGAGAAAGUGAAGUUGGGCAUGACUACUUCCCACUGAGAGAGACCUGUGCUCAAGGAAUCUGCGGGGCGACUGCUACCUCUGAGAAGGCACAGCUGAUCGUAGACUCUGCAGAGGGAAAGAACGUCACAGCUAGUCAGGAAGACUCCUUCGUUCCCAGUUGCUAUCUAGAUUGGGCCUCCCAUAAUCUGGUAUUUUUGCCAAAAUACCAGAGCCUUCAAGUGCCAAACGGAAUAUGUCAAAAUGGGAUCUUGGUGAGAAGAAAGCAAAAGUGAGAGACCUUCAUGCCCUUCUGAUUCCCCUCCUCCAAACCCCACGUAUCCUCAUAAGUGUGUUUAAACGAUUAACUUCUGGAUUCAGAUGCCAGUUAUAUUCCAUAUGCUCCAGGAUCUUUGAUAAAAAAGAAGAAGGAGAGGAGGAAGGAAAGCUUUGUGGAUUGGAAGAAAGUUACAAAGGUUGAGAAGCCAUGUACUCAAGUAGCCACCAAGGGAUCUGCCAUUUGGACCCUCUAGCGCUGGAUUUGAUGAGCUAACUGUGAAAUAAAUACCACAAGCCCGAGAACUCUGAAUUUUGGGACUUCUACCCAGACGGAAGAAUAACAACUAUUUUUUGUUUGUUUGUUUGUAAAAUGCCUCUUAAAUUAUAUAUUUAUUUUAUUCUAUGUAUGUUAAUUUAUUUAGUUUUUAACAAUCUAACAAUAAUAUUUCAAGUGCCUAGUCUGUUACUUUGGCGAUUUCCUGGCCCUCGACCUUGUAUGCCCCACCACCUGGCUCAGUGUCGCACCCCUCUGCCACAACUCUGAGAUGGUUCUGUGACCCAUCUGUAGUAAUCUGUUCUCUGUCCACAUUUCUGAAGAUCUUUCACAAUCACGGUGCCACAGGGGGAGGUCAGUAGAGUCAGGAUAUAGAAGUUAACUUUGUCAGGUCCACUCUAUGAGUUGGACUGCGGUCUUGCCUAGGCGAUUUUGUCUAUCGUUUGUGUUUUGAAAGCCCACAGUGCUGAUGUCCAAGCGUAACAGAUAUUGGUGUUUGCCUAUGUCCUCUCCCUGCGAAAUCUCGUAAGAGGUUGGGCUUCCAUGCCGGCAGCUUUCCUGGCUCCUCAACCCCCACGGCCCCAGGCCCACAGAGUGGGAACUCCCUCUUCCCUGUGUCAUGACAUUUCUCUUACUCCCGCCAUUCUUCUGGUGCUACUCCAUGCAGGGGUCAGUGCAGCAGAGGAUAGUCUAGAGAAGGUAUCAGCAAAGAAAAAGGCUGAGGAGGAGCAGGAGACAUUGGAGCCGACUGUUCUUGUUAACUGAUGACCUACCAAUUACUACAGAGUUCGGAGGUGAGGAGGGCUUUUGUGGAAACCCACCCACCUCACCGAAAACUAAAAAGGUAUGCUAUCAUGGUCCCUUCUGGAAGUUUCUGGUGCCAUUUCUGAACUGUUACAACCUGUAUUUCCAAACCUGGUUCAUAUUUAUAUUUUGCAACUCAAAUAAAGAUAACCCUUACUCCACAGA